AUGGCAGCCCUCGCGAGCGCGGCGUGGGUUCGCGUCGCGCCGCGCGCGCGCGCGCGAUGCGCGCACGGCGGCGGCGCGCGCGCGCGAUGGGCGACGACCGCGGCUCGCGCGGUCGCCGGCGUCGAAUCGUCGGAAGGCGCGACAACAGAGAAAUCGACGACGCGCGACGCCAAGGCGACGCGGGAGCAGCCGGAGGAGACGCUCCUUCGAUACCUCGCGUCCGCGUACCCCGCGCACUUCGAGCCGCUGCUGAGCGACGACGACGCCGCGCGCGGCGUGGACGCGUCCAUCGCGGCGUGGGACGAGCUCUCGUCGCACGACUCGACGUCGCUGACGGAGAUCGUGACGCGCGCGAGCGGCCUCGCCGCCGUCGCCGCCGCCGCCGCGAAGGGUAGCCCUAAGCAGGGCGGCGGCGAGAAACGAUCGCGAUCGCGACCGGACCCUGCGACGUCCUCCGCGCGAGGGAAAGCCGCGGGGAUGUUCAACGUCGUCCUCAGCGCGCUCGCGAUGCGCGGCGGCGACGACGCCGCGGCGACGGCGACGUCGAUCGCGUUGGAACGCAUGCCCGCGCGCGGGGUGAGCCCAGACGUUGUGAGCUACUCCCUGACCGCCGCCGCGUGCGUCCGCGCGGGGGACGACGCGAGGGCGAGCGAGGUGAUCGCCGCCGCGUCGAAAGCCUCGGGCGCGGGCAAGCGCGCGAACAGCAAGAAGAGUAAGAAGGCGAGCAAGCGACCGGGCGCGGGGGCGGCGCCGUUGGUAGUCGUCUACGAGGACGACCACUUCGCGGCGGUGAGCAAACCCGCGGGGAUACUGACGCAUCCUACCGGCGGCGCCAGCGUGGACAAGCGCUCGGUCACGCUCGUGGACCUCGCGCUGGACGCGUUCGGGGACGAGCACGUGAGCGCGCUGAACGGCGCGGACGCCCGGGGGAUCGUCCAUCGGUUAGAUAAGCCGACGACGGGGGUGAUGGUGAUUGCGAAAACGGACGUCGCUCACGCGUUACUCGUGACGGCGUGGUACCAGAGGAAGGUUCAGAAGACGUACUGGGCGAUAGUCGAGGGCGUGCCCGGACGAAGGCGACCCAAGCGGAGAGGAGACGCCGAGGGGGAAGACGCGGAGACGGAGGACCACCUCUUUGGCGUGGUCGACGCCCCCGCGGACGGCCGACCCGCGAAGAGCGACUGGAAAGUGCUGGAGAUCUUCAAUCUCCCCGACGCGACGUGCUCGCUCGUGGAGGUGACGCCGCACACGGGACGGAAGCACCAAGUUCGGAGUCACAUGGGCGCGAUCUUGGGCGCGCCGCUCGUGGGGGACCCGUUGUAUAGACGCGGGAAGCCGGCGGCGACGCCGGCGGCGGCCGCCGCCGCGUUGACCGCGGACGGCGCGAAGCCGGGGAGCGUCAUGUUUUUGCACGCCACGUCGCUGCGCUUGGAGCAUCCGGUGACUGGCGAGCCGAUGACGCUGAGCGCGCCGGUUCCAGACGCGUUCGAGGAGCUUCUGGGCGCGUUGAGGGCGGCGGCGAAGUGA